AUGGGUGUGACAAUGCGUCCGUUUAACAUGAUGAAUAGAGCCCACCCAGCUCCUCAAAGAGCUUCGUUAGCGACUAACAUGCCUGGGUCUGGUGAACAGGUCGUCUCUGCUGUUCCUAAUCCUUCAUUUCCUGCUCCAGCUGCUACUGGAGAGAUACAGCAUCCUCCCGGGGCUCCGUCACCAUUUACUAAUCAUCCUUCACCUUAUCAUCCUCCUCCUUCUGUCCCUCCCCCUUCCUCUGUUCCUCCUCCUCAAUCUUCCACUCAGCCUGCACAAGCUAACUCACCGAAAGCUCCACAGUCGGUCCCAUCCCCUCGUGUCAGUCACCCCAUACCAUCCCCUGGUACCCCAUGGAAUCCCAACUCUCCUUCAAACACUGCUAGUCCCAGUCAACCUCCGCCACCCUCCAAUCAGCCUAGCUUAACUCCUGAAGGAUCAAAUGCUGUUUUGCUUAAGUUGCAAGAGCUACAGUGUUACAUUCCACUGCUGGCGAGGAUGAUUGAUAGACUCCAGAGAGGAAAUGAGAAGGACAAAGGGAGGACUGACCAACUGACGAAACUUACUAGCCUCUAUAAUGUACUCCAGAGCAAAAACAUGAAAGUUCCGCUACAGACUUUAGAAAAAUGUCACAUUGCAUUGAAAAGGAUAUUUGAGAAGGACGCAUCAAUUACAUCACAGCCUCCACCAGGAACCACUCAAGCUCCUCCUCAAUCACAACCCACCACUACCAGUACUGCAACAGUCACUACUAAUGUUGAAACUAGUAAUAAUGCUGUUACAACCACUGCCUCGUCUGUGACGCCACCACGCCCUCCUGUCCCGCCCACUCCGCCUUUAUCGGCCUCGAUGUCUCUUCUUGACUUUAAAAUCCUUCAUUCUCCCCCUCCUCUCUCUUCUUACCUCCAACCAUUGCUGGAGGAUAGAGAGGAGACAGAUCCAUUGGAUAGACUCCCUCUAAACAAGAAAAGAAAACUUGAGGAACAAGCUUCAAAGUCAUUUAUUUUAGGGAUAAAGAGAGAACUAGUGGACAUCAAUAAUUAUACAAUUAGGAAAGUCUCGCCCAAGAACAGCUUGGAAGUGAAUGGGUCCCUUUGUCUUGAGUUCACAUUAGUUGAUGAUAGUUUGCCAGCAGUUCCUCCACUAGUCAUGACAUUGUCACCAAACUAUCCAAGAAGUUCGCCUCACUUGCAGUUUAACACAGACAGCAUCUCUUCUCCUCCAAUAUUUUUAAAAGAGCUUGAAGAGACAUUUCCAGGAACAGUUACACCUAACUCCGGACAACUAUCCAGGAAUAAUGCGCUAACCGGGUGGAAGUCAACAGUUUAA